AAACUACUCCUCCCCUCCCACCGACAGCGACCAAUGAACCCCCACGGACAGACUUCAACCAUGUCGACAGAAGAGAAUCAGAUGCGACAAGAGGAGGUCAUUCCUCUGAUCGUCAGCCAACUUGCAGAAUACGGAUACGCUCAGCUGGCGCAAGUAGUGGCAGAGCAGACGCAUACGACCGUAUCGAUCAAGCCUAGUUCGCGACUCAGCGAGAUGCUCUUUAUCGCAAGAGAGGAAUCUGUGGAGAUUGAACCGACGGAUCAAUCAAAGAUCAAAUCCUCUGCAUCCUCGGGCGCAGGAGCAAUGGGCGAGGACGACGACGAUGAUGACGAUGACAUGGAGGCCGGCACGAAGCUGACGCGACUCAAUCUGGAUAUGGACCCAAAGAUCACACCGGGACCGGCACCGAAUCUGAGCACGGUCUGUACGACGACACAUAAGGAGGCGGUGACAUGCUCGACGUUUAGUAAAGACGGACGGUAUGCGGCCUCGGGAUCUGCAGAUGCGUCGCUCAAGAUCGUGGACGUGAAUAAAAUGAAGCUAGUCAAUGAUGAUGUCCACCCAGUGAUUCGAACGCUCUAUGAUCACGUCUCUCCGGUCACGGACGUUGACUUUCAUCCCAACGGUCUUGUCCUUGCAGCCAGUUCUGAUACAGUCGUCAAGCUGUACGAUCUCUCACGGCCCUCCGUGAAACGAUCCUUCCGGUACCUUCAGGAUUCACAUCCCAUCAAUUCUGUAUCUUUCCACCCCUCCGGCGACUUUCUGCUCGUCGGCUCUGAAGCUGAAACCGUCCGGAUUUUUGAUGUCAAGACCCUUCAAUGCUUCACCCCUCGCGCCUUCUCCGGUCCAACCACGACCUCCUCAUCCUCUGUCGACACCCCAUCUCAACAACAACAGCAACAGGGCCCCCACCGCGGUGGUAUCAACCAUAUCGAAUACGCCCCCACGGGCUCGGUCUUCAUCACGGCCUCCCAGGACGGCUCCAUCAAGGUCUGGGACGCGAUCUCGGGCAAGGUUGUUCGGACCAUCGAGAAUGCGCACGCGGGUAAAGGUGUGACGACGGCCACGAUCUCCAAAAACGGGAAAUAUAUUCUUUCGGGUGGUUAUGACUCGGUCAGCAAGUUAUGGGACCUGGGAUCGGGCAAGAUGAUCCAUGGAUAUCAGGGUGCUGCCCAGCAGAACGAGAAGCAAUCGACCGUGUUCUCGUAUAAUGAAGAUUUUGUCUUCAGUUCGGAUGAAUCCAACAACACGAUCGUCUGCUGGGACUCCCGCACCGCAACCCUCCUGAAGCGCUACACAGGUCAUCAGGCCCUGAUCCGCUCCAUUUCUGCUUCGCCCGUCGAGAACGCCCUUGUUAGCUGUGGUGACGAUAACCGUCUCCGCUUCUGGUGCACUCCCUCAGCCCUCGCUGCAUCUCGUGCUCCAUAGCCAUUCAGCAUUACUUUAUGUCAUCAAAAUAAAGGAUACU